AUGUGCUGGAGGAAGCAAACCAUCUACAAGAGCUGCCGGCACGGCCGAAUCGAGGAAAUCGUCUGCGACGACGAGAAGAGGCGCCGCAGGGAACACGCCCACGUGGCGGCGUUGUCUUCGACGACGACGAGAAGUCGGCGAGAACAAGACCGUAGGAGCCCGUGGCUGGUUCUCUUCUGCCCGUGCUUCUUCCUCGCCCCCGCCGCGCCCCCGAGGGAGGAGAGAUGCCGGCCCAAGCCGACCCUCGAACCGCUCAACGGCAAGUGUCCCCGCUGUCUCGAGGAGGAAGCUAACGCAGCAGUGUGCAGCGGCCCGGGGUUCGUCGUCGAUGACCACGACGAUAACAACCCGCCGUUCCGGCCAGAGGACGCCGCCGCGGAAGCAUCCAGGCGGUGCGGCUUCAUCGGCGACAAGCACCUGCACGCCGCGGGACGUCCGGCGAGUCACGAUGCUUACGGGGGUACAGGAUCGCGGCGGAAUUCGCGUCGGGGACGCUCCGGGUCGCCGUCGAGAAGCCGGCGCAAGGGCACGGAUCCGACAGAGGUCCGCCUGAUCCGCCAACCGCUUUAUACGAACAUCCGGUACGAGAAGGCCAAACGGCGGGAACGAAUUCGUCGGGAACAAUGCAACGGUGAAGGUCCCGAGCAUUAUUCACAACGCGCGCAGAGAACACCAGGGUAUCGCAGUGGCAAUCAAGACCAGAACCAGGACCACGACCAGAACCAAAGACCAAGUGGUUCUACGGCCAGCCCCGGCGGGGGCGCAGACAGCCAGCUCUUCCAGCCCGAAGACUCAACGGCGCACCCCGCCCCUCUCUUGCUGCAAAGGUCCAUGGCCAGGGCAGAUCGAGUGACCAUGGGGGCGAGGGCGAAAAGGGGCCCGCUCGAGAGCGUCGUGCUGGAGAACGGAAGCGGCUGGGGAGUGCGGAACGACACUGCCGCAAGCCCACCGGAAUUCACUCCGGGGUUGUCACUGGACGAGCUGUUCGAGGAAGUAGAAGAGUUGUGGCGAACGGCCCCCAACCAGCGGCGGUAG